AUGGGGCAGGGGGGCUGGAAGGGGUUCUGCCUCCCGCUGUUUGACUACAAGACGGAAAAGUAUGUCAUCGCCAAGAACAAGAAGGUGGGCCUGCUCUAUCGACUGCUGCAGCUCUCCAUCCUGCUGUACCUAGUGGUGUGGGUGUUUGUGGUGAAGAAGGGUUACCAAGACACAGACACUUCCCUUCAGAGUUCUGUCAUCACCAAAGUCAAGGGCGUGGCCUUCACCAACACCUCGGAACUCGGGGAACGACUCUGGGACGUGGCCGAUUAUGUCAUCCCUCCCCAGGGAGAGAAUGUCUUCUUCGUGGUGACCAACCUGAUCGUGACCCCCAACCAGCGGCAGGACAUCUGUGCUGAGCGUGAAGACAUUCCCGAUGCCAAGUGCUCCAAUGACAGCGACUGUCACCCUGGGGAGGCUGUUGUGGUUGGAAAUGGAGUGAAGACUGGCCGCUGCCUGCGGGUAGGAAGCUCACAGAAGGGCACCUGUGAGAUUUUUGCUUGGUGUCCAGUGGAGGCAAAAUCCAAGCCAGCGAAGCUGCUCCUGGGUGAGGCUGAAGAAUUCACUGUUUACAUCAAGAACUCCAUCCGUUUCCCCAAAUUCAACUUCUCCAAGACCAAUGUGCUGGACUCCCAGAACAGAACUUUCCUGAAAACCUGUCGCUUUGACGUCAGCAACCUUUACUGCCCCAUCUUCCGACUGGGCUCCAUGGUCCGCUGGGCUGGGAGCAGCUUCCAGGAGAUGGCCCAGGAGGGUGGUGUGAUAGGAAUUCAGAUUGAAUGGGACUGUGAUCUUGACAAGGAUCCCUCUGAAUGCAACCCUCACUAUUCUUUUAGUCGUCUGGACGACAAGUUUGCAAAAAAAUCUAUCUCCUCAGGGUACAACUUCAGGUUUGCCAAAUAUUACCGAGACGCAGCCGGGGUGGAGUUCCGCACCCUGAUGAAAGCCUAUGGAAUCCGCUUUGAUGUGAUGGUGAAUGGCAAGGGGGCUUUCUUCUGUGACCUGGUACUCAUCUACUUCAUCAAAAAGAGCCACUUUUACCGAGGCAAGAAGUACGAGGAAGUGAGGGGCCAAGAGGUCUGCACCCAGCAGGAAGAGUCCCAGCGGCAGAGUGGGGCCUGGGAGAUCAAGGACGCAGUGGGGUCAGGUCCUGGGGCACUGCUGGGCCUGGAGCAGAGCCUUAGAGAGGAGCCCGAGGGGAAGCUGCCGGAGCACAACAUGCUGGAAGGAGGCGGGGGCCUGAAGGAGGACGGCUGCGUGUGCCCACAACCCAGGUCUGGCAAUCUGGGGAGAGGUAAGGUGACCGUGGAACAACUUCAGGCCCUGCAGACAGUGGAGACGUAG